CGCCCCCCGAUGCGCGAAGCGAGGUUGCAGCUUGUUGAGAAAGCUCAGGGCUGAUCGGACCUCUGAACUCUGCGAGUGUAGACCCAGCAGGCAGGUUCUUUACCACUAGCGCCACCUGGGAAGUAAGGUGUAAAUGAAAGUCAAGAACAAGGAAGUGAAAUAAUAGGUCCUGAUGAGGGGAUAGUAGGAUUUCGCAUCCAGCUCAUCGUGUUCCCUCCAGCGGAUUUACUUGAACUGAAAUGUAGAAUCUGAGUCUUCUGGCCACUAAAAGUGAGUGAAAUAGGGCUAUUGAUAUGUUGACUAGAUGAUGAGGACAGAACUCACGAGCUCUCCCGUGAAGGAGGAGGGUUUUGUCCUCUAAGUUUAUAUGUUGGGCUUUUUUGCACAGGCCUUGUGUUUUCCCAUAGCUGACCUUCAGCGGUGCUCUUGGAGAGAGUAUGGUGGCUUGCAAAGGGGGUUCCUUGGAGCUCCCCUGGAGCAAGGGUGUCAGAAUACAGCAUCCCGAGUUGAGAGCUGUUUUUUGAGUCCCCAUGACAACAUGAUCCCAGGUAUUGAGCACUACAGUUUAUCGUUGUAAAUUGAGUUUUUAUCUUUAAGGGCCUAACACAGACUUGAAUCGAAUUGAGCGACCACCUGAAUAACCGGCCCCCCCCAAGCAAAUAGCUCAUAAAUGUUCUAUCAAGGCUCAUUCCUUUUUAUGAACAUUGGUUCCACGCCUGCCACGUUCUGUGUGUUGUUUGGUAUUCGUCACAGUUGGGAGAGAGGAGCUUAUUCUAGCCCCUUGCCCCCAGGAGGAUGCUGAGACCCUCGUGGUUAAGGAACUUGGGUCGUCUGAGCAGACCAGAUUGUGGGUGGUCACCUGGAGUCUGACCCUCCUCAUGCUUGCUGAAACCUAACUUUGAGUCUUGGUCUGAGCCCCCUGGAGUUGUGUCUCUCUGUGGAGAUCACGUCGUGGAAGGCCAGUGUCCCUCCUCUGGGCCUCUGUUCGAAGUGGCCUGGGUGACCAAUGCGUCACCGGGGGGACUGGGAGCCAGGGUCAGGGUGCCCUCAGCGGGGACCGGCCCCCGAGCAGGCGGGCCUUGUGCAGUGUGUGGCUGUGUCUUAUGUGAAGAUGAGCAGAAGGAGGAAUUUACAGGGUGGUCUGGGGAUUUGAAGCGAGGAGACCCCUGCGUCAGCGUCCAGUCAUCCAUCCAGCCAGGGGUCCCAGGCCCUCUCCUUCAGGUUGGCUUGCGGAGCCUGCACCAAAGCCCAGGAGGGCCCGAUCUUGGGAAGCCAGGUCCUUGUUGGGCAGGGGUCAGCAGCCUUUUUCUGUGAAGGGCCGGAUAGUAAACAUUUGGGGCUUUGUGGGCCAGAAUUGCUCUGCAGGGGCUCAUUCUGUCUGCCUUGUAGCAGUCAGAGAAGCAGUCACAGACAGCGUAUCGGUGAAUAAACAAGCUCUGUGGAUACUGAAACUUGAUUUCAUGUCAUUUCACAUGUCAUAAAAUGCUAUUCUCUCUUUGAUUUUUACCCCAGCCACUGUCCUCAGCUCAUACACAAGCUGCACAAAAACAGGUGGCUGGCAAGCUGACUGUGGCCCCAGUGGGCUGACCAUCCUGCUAGGCCGUGCUGCUUGGUAGUAGAACAUUUCAGUUUUGAUUUUCUAGUUACCCCGUGCAAAAAGGGUAAAGAAAUGGUAAAAUUAAUGAUAUGGUUUAUUUAACCUGGGAGAUCCAAAAUGUUCCUUGAACACGUAAUGACGUAAAAGUUACUACUGAGAUGUUCUUGGCUCUCUGUCUCGCUCUGAGCUGUGGAAAUCCCCGUGGAUCUUACACUCAGAGCUCAGCCCGACGUGGCCUUGCCCCAUUUGGCCCCUGUGGGGCUGGAACAGCUGUGGGGCUGGAGAUGCUGUCGGGGGUGGGAGCCGGAGCUGAGAUUCAUCAGGGACUUGCACUCCCCCAGUUCAGCUGUUGGUAGACAAGGAUUCUAAGGGGCGGUGCAGGACACUUUGGAAAUAUCUCAGAUAUUUCCAGAAUCAGAGGAGCAUAAUUAAGGGAUAAAAGUUCCCUUCUACCAUUCUCAAGGUCUGUGCAGGAGCAGUGUGUGUGGGGUGCUGGGAAGGGCAGCUGAAGGAGGCACUGGGGUGUCCAGCAGCCCGAGGCUGACCCCGCCUCGUGUCUGUCCUCCGGAGAGUCCCUGGUAAAUCGGCCCAGCACCCUCGGAAGCAGGAGCCGGCCUGUCCAGAUAUUCCUCUGGAUUCCUGCAGCUGGGCCCCUGCCUCUGAUGUAGCAUCCGGUAACUCAGGUGUGUUAAUCCUGGAUUAUAGGCGUGUGGGAAGGAGUUGUAGUGCAAGAUGCAGCCUCUGGCUUCCUGUCUCAUAUCCAGUCGUGUUGACUUCUGGCCGGUUGUGAAGCCCGUGUGCCUUAACUUGUUCAUCUGUGAAAUGGGGUCAGACGCUGGCCUCCCCCGAGGGCCCGCAGAGCACAGUGUGCGGUGCACCAAAAAGAAAGGGAGCCCGAGAGCAGACUGAACUGCAGAUGAAGGCCACUCAAGAAUUUCAGAACACAGAAGGAAAGUUGUGAUGGUUCCGGUUUAUUCUGUCUCAUCUAGUGGUAAUUUUAUAUGUAGCAUGUAAAAAUAUAAACUUUACAUCCAGCAUAAAAGGCAUUUAAUUCUUCCUACUUUUUGCACAGUAAAAAAAAGUCUGUUUAUUUUACAAGCAGGUGAGACUUGUGGUCUAAUUCAGUUAGAUAGAUGUUCUUUAUAUUCAGCAUAUGUGUGUGCUCAGUUGCUCAGUUGCAUCUGACUCUUUGUGAUUCCAUGGAUUGUAGCCCAUUAGACUCCUCUGUCCCUGGGAUUCUCCGGGCAAGAAUACUGGAGUGGGUAACCAUGCCCUCCUCCAGGGGAUCUUCCAGACCCAGGGAUUGAACCUGGGUCUCCUGCAGGUGGAUUCUUGAUUGCUGAGCCACCAGGAAAGCCCUCCCUGGGAAGCCUAUUAAGGCUUAAAUCCUAAUUCGCCUCAUUUUUGUUUUAUUAACCUCACAAUACAGAGAGCGACUGUAUAAAAUAUAGAAACUGUCUAGUUUGCCUGGGGGCUUCAGGCGAGCCUGGAGUGUAAACCCCAGGCAGAGUUCACUGAUAAUGUUGUGUGUCGUUGUGGCAAUGACGAUCAGGCACCAACAAAACGCUCUCUGUGCGGAGGAGCAGAGUGUUUUUCUGAGAUUAUGGUUUUGCAGAGCCUCCCCUCACAUUCUUCACGGAUGACCUCGUGCCCAUCUCGUUUCUGCUCCCAGGUCCUGAGAUGUGAAAUACGGGGGUUGGAUGAGAACGCAGUGCGCUUUGAGCUCUGUAUCAAAGCUCGUGGAAAUGCCAUCUUGGGGGCUUUUCACUCAGGAGGGCGAUGUGGAUGCAAAGGGAAAACCUCUUUCCCUCACGAUGGACCUGGAACCAGUGUCCUUCAUCAGUCUUCUUAAAGUAGGUCAUUUCAGUGUAACCCUAUUAAUAAUAAUAACAAUGAAGAUUCCUUUUCCCCAGAUGGGCAGCAACAGUUCAGAAAAGCUACUUCUCAGAGGGAAGAGUCAAGUCAGUAAUAAGAGCAAAUGGACCUCCUUUAAGAGGGUGAUGCUGCUUUUAAGGAGAAGAGGGUUAAAUGUAGUGUCAUGAUUCCGUUCCUUCGUAUCCGCAGUGUUUUUGAGGAUGGUUUGUGUCUUAUUCCUGCGCUGUAAGGAAUCACAGUGAGAGACACGGAGGUCCUGCCCUCGUGGGCUUUACAGUGGGCCAUGUCGUGAGUGUGGCCGAGUGUGAUGGGGGUGUUUGGCUACCAGCUGGAAGGGGAUUUACGGGUUUAAAAUUGCAAGAGAAUCACAUUGUGUCGGUAUAUUUAUUACCUGCCACAGUCAGGCACAAAACCCUGCCGUUCCAGGAGUCGGCGCAGAGCGAGUCUGUGUCCCCACGAAUCUUGAGACUGCUGCUCCUGCUGGCUGUUAAGCUGUCACGUUUCUGAGGUGCUCGCCGCCAGCGCCAUGCUCUCCAGGUAGGACACGCCCGCCUGCGGGGCAGGCGCACCUCUGCAGCGGGGCAGCGGGAAGCAUCUUCUCGCCUGAACAUGGAGAGAUAAGGCGCCCUCCGGCAGGCAGGCCCGCGUGACCAGGAGCUGUGCCCGCCGCGGCCGUCGAGAUGGAGCACUCCGAGGCGGAGCUGAGAGGGGGCCGCAGCCCGUCCAGGGCCAGCCGGAGCCCUGAGGCGGACGGGGACAGGGCGCUGAGCCACAGCUGCUGUAUCUGCGGCAAGACCUUCCCCUUCCAGAGCUCGCUGUCCCAGCACAUGCGCAAGCACACGGGCGAGAAGCCCUACAAGUGCCCCUACUGCGACCACCGCGCCGCGCAGAAGGGCAACCUCAAGAUCCACAUCCGCGGGCACCGCGCGGGCACGCUAACCCAGGGCCGCGAGCCUGAGGCGGCUGAGACGCGCGUGUCUGAGGGGCUCGGCGGUUGCACCAGCCCCACCAAGAGCACGUCGGCCUGCAACCGCAUCCUGAAUGGCGCCACGCAGGCGGACACCGGCAAGAUUCUGCUGCGCAGCACGCGGAAGGAGGCAGAGGGCGUGGCGGCGGGGCAGUGCGCUUUCUGCAAGAGCAGGUUCGAGCGCAAGAAGGACCUCGCGCAGCACGUGCAGCAGGCGCACAAGCCCUUCACGUGCCGCCUGUGCAGCUACGCCACCCUGCGUGAGGAGGCCCUGCUCAGCCACGUGGAGAAGGAUCACAUCGCGGCGCAGGGACCGCGCGGAGACGCCUUCGCCGAGAACGGCAAGCCGGAGCUGCCGCCUGGCGAGUUCCCCUGCGAGGUGUGCGGCCAGGCCUUCAGCCAGACCUGGUUCUUGAAGGCGCACAUGAAGAAGCACAGGGGCUCCUUCGACCACGGCUGCCACAUCUGCGGCCGGAGAUUCAAGGAGCCGUGGUUCCUGAAAAACCACAUGAAGGCACACGGCCCGAAGGCGGGGAGCAAAAACAGGCCCCGGAGCGAGCUGGAGCCCGUGGCCACCAUCAACGACGUGGUGCAGGAAGAGGUGAUUGUGGCCGGCCUGAGCCUCUAUGAAGUCUGCACCAAGUGUGGGAACCUGUUUACGAACCUGGACAGCUUGAACGCGCACAACGCCAUCCACCGCCGGGUGGAGGCCGGCCAACCACGGGCCGCCGUCGGGGAGGGCUCAGCGCCCGGCCCCGCCGAUUCCCAGCAGCUCUUCCUUCAGUGCCUGAACCUGCGCCCGGCGGCCGGCACGCCCGCCCGCGGGCAGACCGGGCGGCGCGUGGCCGAGCUGGACCCGGUCAACAGCUACCAGGCCUGGCAGCUGGCCACCCGGGGCAAGGUGGCUGAGCCGGCCGAGUACCUCAAGUACGCGGCGUGGGACGAGGCGCUGGCCGGGGACGUGGCCUUCGACAAAGAGCGACGCGAGUUCAUCCUGGUGAGCCAGGAGAAGCGCAAGCGCGAGCCUGAGCCGGGUGCACAGGGCCCCCCGCGCAAGAGGGCAGGCGCACCCGGGGACCCCGUGCCUGGGCCCCCGGAUCCCCGGCCCGCCGCACGCCCCAGCCGCCGCGCCGCCGUCCCUGCCGGCCACGGCAAGUCGUCCGAGUGCUUCGAGUGCGGCAAGAUCUUCCGCACGUACCACCAGAUGGUGCUGCACUCGCGAGUGCACCGCCGCGCGCGCCGCGACCGGGAGCGCGACGGCCCCGGGGACCGUGCACCGCGUGCCCGCUGCGGCUCUCUCAGCGAGGGCGACUCGGCCUCGCAGCCCAGCAGCCCUGGGUCGGGCUGCGCCGCCGCCGACUCCCCGGGCUCGGGCCUCGCUGAUGAGGCUGCCGAUGAGAGCGGAGAGGAGGCCCCGGCUCAUCCCACAGCAGGAGCAAAGCCACACCGUUGCUGCUUCCCAGAAGACGUCUCCUUGACCGUGCUCUCCAAUGGAGACCAAAGCCACACACUUGGAAACAGCCCAUCAGGAAGAGCGGCCGGGGAGCCCGGCGCGGGGAUCGCGGCCUGCGUGUCCAUACUUGAAAGCAGCAGCAGGGACGCUCCCAGGAGACCCGAGCCACCUCGGUGUUCUGUGGACUUGAAGACGCCAGCGUGUGGCCCCCAGCAGGAGGGCCCGGGCCCCAGGGACUCGGCUGACCUCCCUCCACGCCUGGCCCAGGCGGCAGGUCUGCAGCCGCCCUCUGAGAGCCAGGCCGCCUACCCCCGGGAGAGGCCGCCGGAUUUGCACACCAAGGAGCACCCCACAGCGGGGAAGCGGGCGCCGGCCCCAGACCUGGUCCCACUGGACCUGAGCGAGCGGUCCUCGCGGGACGACCCCGGCCGCCGGGAGCCAGCCUCCUCGCUGCAGGCGGCGCUGGCCGUGCACCCGUGUCCAUACUGCAGCCAUAAGACCUACUAUCCCGAGGUGCUCUGGAUGCACAAGCGUGUCUGGCACCGGGUCAGCGGCCAGGCUGUGGCCCCGCAGUGGACUCAGCCCAACGGCUACAAGAGCAUUAGGAGCAACCUGGUGUUCCUGGCCCGGAGCGGACGCACGGGCCCCCCGCCUGCACUCGGGGGCAAGGAGUGCCAGCCUCUGCCCAUCGCCCGGUUCACUCGCACCCAGGUGCCAGGCGGGGCACCGGGCCCCAAAGGCAGCCCCUCGCCCCUGGGGGUGCCCACGAAAGCCGCCGGCCUGCCCCGGAGCAAGGAGGGCCACCCUGGGGCGCCCUGUACACUCUGGACGGCCGGCCCUGACGGGACCCGGCAGACCCGGCCUGGCCCCAGCCCGGAGCAGCCUCUGCCCAAGCCCAAACAGGAGGCCAGCCCCAGACCCGGGGCCACGGGAGGCAGUGGGGGCUUCAGCAGGAGCGCCACCCCAACGCCCACUGUCAUCACGCGGGCAGGCCCCCAGGCCCCUGCCAGCGGCAGGCAGGGGGCGGGCCUCGGGCCCCCAAAUAAGCACAGUGCCCCAGACCCCCCCAAAGCCAAAUUCAGCCCUCAGCCUCAGGGUCAGCCGCACGGGAAAGGCGACGGGGCCGCCCCUCUACCUCCCCGGGAGCCCCCCUCCAAGGCCGGCUCCAGAGGGCCCGCAGCCUCUCAGGGCCCACCCGCCCCACACCCUGUCAAGCAGGAGCCGGCGUCCGAGGGCCCUGAGAAGCGCCUGGACCUCCUCAGCAUCUUCAAGACAUACAUCCCGAAGGACCUGGCUUCCCUCUACCAGAGCUGGGGCGCCAGCAGCCCUGUGCUCGAGCGCAGAGGGACGCUCCGGACGCAGGCCCACCAGGGAGACUUCAUCUGCGUGGAGUGUGGGAAGAGCUUCCACCAGCCCAGCCACCUGCGGGCGCACAUGCGGGCUCACACAGUGCUGUUCGAGUCUAACGGCCUCCGAGGUGCUGACGCCCACGCCACCUCCGCAGAUACCCCCAAACAAGGGAGAGACCAUUCUAACGCAGAUGCUGUCCAAACAGUGCCUCUCAGAAAGGGAACCUAGAGAUACACUUGGUCAGUUCUGGUGCCGUGACCUCGUCCGCAGCCCCCUCCUGGACGUCCCAACAGCCACCCUGGCUGCCCCAUGGAAGACCCCCCCCCAGCCGGACACCGCCUCGCAUCCUGCAGCCGCCCGCCGGAGCGGAAGCUGAAGGGGGGCUUCUUGUCACGUGUCUAAACAUCGGCGAAGAUGCUCUUCUUAGAAUUACAUGUAGAUAUUCUAUACGCAUCCACGUGCUCACCAACCAUAGUCCGUGUUUUUUUAUAGUAAGCGAGGUGUUGGCAGGCACGGUAGGAACACAGAGCAUCUGUAUCAUUCAAGACAUGUUCGAGACACUGGAAAGAUGCUCGUGUGUCGGACAGACUGGAGCAGCCACGCAGGAUUUUGGAGGACCACGGGGGUGACGUCGGGACUGAUGGCGGGGGGCCAGGAGGGCGGGGUGCUGAUGGAUGCCCCGGCCUGUCCGCGUCUUAGUGCGUAUUUAAAAUAGUAAAUAAGAGGCAGGACGGGCAUUCAGGUGCUGUGGAAGCAGGCUGGAAGGGGCGGCGGGGGGCCCGGGUGACGAGGUCCUCCGUUUUCAGGGGUCCCACCACCUGUCCCAGCUGAGUUCCCCUCCCAUCUGUGCCCAGUGAACCCGAAAGAGGUGACGCGGCCGUGGGAAGGCUUUGACUGUGUUUCGGGAAAGAGCACUAGUUGAACACUAAGAAAAGCAGGCUUCUUUGUUUAUUCUCAGGACCUUCUGGUAACAGGGCUACAUUCUGCAAACUGCUUACAACGGAAGACUGCCCGUCUUAACAAAUGAUCUAGCCACUGAACCCCCCCACCCCCAACCUGGACCCUUUGAGUCAAGCGGGAGAACCCCUGGAGCAGGUGGGGGGCCAGGUCAUCCCUGGGCCCUGGCGCUCUGGGGUCCUCCUGCACCCCCGCCUUCCCGUCCAUCUGUCCCAGCAAGUAGGCGUCUUUUCUUCUCGGGCCUGGGGGCCUCCACUCGUGAGUCUCCUCGUUCCCAGACCGGGGAAGCCCCCAGGCCCGUGGGUGGGGGCGGCUUUACAUACCUCUUCCUCAGUCACGCAGAGGCAAGUUUUAGCGGGGGGUUAAGGCCCGUAAGAAAGGAUCUUACGCCUUGCAGUGUAUGCAGUUAAAAUUGUACUCCGCAGAGAUAAAUGUUUUCUUUUCCCGUCGCCGUGACACUGUGUGUGAUGGCGGGGUUUCUGAGACGUUCAGGUUUUUGCACAUAGCGAUCUUAUGCAUUAUCACAAGUUACUGCUGCCUUGAAUGAAAAUGUUCUGUGAAAUUUUUUGCAAAAGCUUUACUAGGUUUUUUUUUUUUUUAAUUGUGAAAUUUUGUAAAGGCAGGAAACGAAUUAAAACAAGCAUGCUAAAUAUAUUUUUCAAAAAAGCAAUAAUUUUACAUGUACAGAAAUUAUCCUAACCUUUAAUACUGGUGAGAGCGACAGUUUACUUAAUUCAGUAAUGGAUUAGUGCAGUUUUUGUAGAAAUGGGCUUCGGAUACAAAGAAUUGUUUAAACACACACACAUACAAACCCUGAAGUGUGGUUUUCCUGUUCUAAUGAUUUGUUGAAUUAUAUUAUUAUUAUUAUUAUUGUUAUUGUUGUUGUUCUUAGUUAAUGUUUGGUUCUGGAUUCUACUUGUUACUGAAUUUAAAUUACUUGACGGUUCAGGUUACUUUGCAGCAUUUGCAAACGAUGCAAUGUAACUGGCUAGCUUAUAUCUAUAAAUAUAUAUACAUGUAUGUACACACACAUAUAUAUGCAUAUAUGUGUAUGUAUAUAUAUAUAACUUUUUUACUUAUUUUUUCUUGAUAUUCUUACACGAGAUAUGUUCCAGAAUGACCUGUCGUGUUGGUGUCAUUAGGGAUGUCCGUGCAGAUAUGAUCAGCGGCUGUAAUUGACUGUCCUGUCAAGUUACUUUGAACAAAGCCACAAAGACACAUUCCUUUGUUCACGCUGGGAAUCAGAAUGCCUUUCUGUCGACUUACGUUUGAUCACGUCCGUAGUCUCCCCGCAGUGAUCAUUUCUGCAUUUUCUGGCUUUUAUUUUCUUGGCUGACAGUGAAGGGUGACAGUUCAGGGCCUGCUGUUUCUCUGUGUUUCAGUUAUUAAAGGAGCUCUGUACACAAUGUGGCGCGGAGGAGUUGCCUACGUGCGUACCUUCGGAGCCACAGACGGCAUCCUGGGAGCCCCUCUGUGGGUAGCCUGCUGGAAGGGGUGCGUCCUGGGGCCCCGUUGGCCCGGACGUACAGCCCGAGCCAGUUGGAAUACUUGUUUCUGCCCAGAGCACAGAAAUAAAGUUUUCGCUUCAUUCAGCAGACGGAGGGUGGGGGUCCCUCCAAGGACACUGCCUCCGAGACAAGCCGUCUGGGGCCUGACUGUGGUUCCUUUCUUCCACUGAUCAUCAGUAUUGUAUGGGUUUGCUCAUGCGUUGAUGUCAGUUCGACCCUAGUAUUUAAUAUGGUUUGUGUUUUACUUAUUUAUUUAGCCAAUGUGGUUUGAUUCGCUUUUUCUCGAAUGAGGAUUUCCGCGUGGUCUCUCCUGUACGUCAGCUUCCGACUGUUACAGACUCUCUACUACCUCUCCUGAUCUGCUGUCUCCUUGCUUCUCGACAGGCCCUUGCAGUGUUGGCGUCAGAUGUAACUUAGACAAUAAAGGGUUUGGUUCUGCACCGCAGCUUCUCCGUGUGUCUCCCCCCCACCCCACCUGCGCUCCCGGCCUGCUGGGCUCACUCCUGCUCCUUCUUGCUCACGCCUCUUCCUCCUCGUCCAACUCAAGUAACACAAAUGAUGAGCUUAUAGAGGUCUUUCAGGUUAUUCACUCUUAUUCCUUAACUUGAAGAAUGAGCAUUUCGGUUCUGUGGACACUCAGCCGUUCAGCACCUUCUCCGGGCGUCCGUCCGUCCUGUCUCUCCUCUCCCUAGGCUCCUGGGAGGCCUGGGGCCGUGUCAGACGGAUGCGUUUCCCCUGGGCUGUGACACAGUCCAGGUCCUCAGGCCAAGGGGAUGGUGCCUCCUAGGCUUUUGAGAAGUUAAGUACCCAGUGCUUUAAGAGCUGCCUCCCCAUGGCUACUUACUUAUCUUUUAAACCAAGAAAGACACUCCUUUUCAUGAAGAUGCUCCGGGAAACGGCCCCAGGAAUGACAGAGGCCACUUUGGUGACGUGAGGGAGUUUUGUACCCAGGAUGUCAAGAGCGCUCCGUCCCAGGUUGUACACAGACGCCCCCAGGCCGUGUGCGCUCCCUGAGCUGUCACCCAGCUGCACCCUCUGGGAUGUAGUCACGCACGCGCGGGUGGCAGGUGAGGAGGCCUCUGCCGCCUCCUUGGGCCGCUGGUGCAGGCUGAGGCACCUUCUCUCCACCAGGAGUCAGGGUGUAGCCCGCAGGGUGGCGAGUCUAGUUAGAGCGAGGUCAUAGCUGCACAGAACCCUCCUGGCUUUUUACGGGGAGACUCUCCACCCACAUUCCAUCUUUAAAGCAGGCAGCGCCCCCCGCCCCCCGCCCCGCUCCGGGAGGUCUGAACAAUGCACAGAAAACAGCUGGGUCUCCCCAAGUUUGCUUUUCCACUUUCCAAACGUCUCCAGGCCUGAAGUAGCAUGUGCUGUUCCACUGCUUCUCACCUGGGUGAGCUCAAAUCGCAGGACAUUUUAUACACGGAGCAGAAAGGAAGAGAGGAAAACGACAGGCGGGGACUUCAGGCGAUGGUUCAGGUGCCCCCGUAAGCGUGUCUUUGUGGAAUGACCGAGGGAAAAUGUUCAUUCUUCAACUUUGCUAAUUAUGCUUUGAGGCAGUAAAAUGCAAAAGACCACAGAAUUUGUAUUUCUUUUUUUAAAAUACAAUUUAUAACAUUAUAUUUUGUACUCUUUAUAUUAGAAUUUGUAACUAGAUUGAUGUAUUUAACUCUAUUUCUGAAAAAAAUAAUGUUUCAGUUGUGUGACAGAAAUAUUUAGAUAAGACAUAUUCAUUUUAUUGGAAAUUGAAAUCAAUAAAAACAUCUUGGAGUUCUUGA